GCUGCGACUGUUUCAAUUUCUGCCUGCUUGUGGGUGAAAACUGCCGGGCUUCCCCACUUCACUGGGUCUACUGGAAGAGGGGGCAGAGGGUCUGAGAAACUUCCACUUGGAUUACACAGAGUGGGAGGGGUUCAAAGAGUGCAUACUGCAAGCUGUCUGUUUUACAGGUGGAAGAGGACAUGUCAGAAAAGGAGCUUAACCCAGACCACUACCCUGCUCAGCGUGCGGCCACUGUGGUGCAACACUACAUCAACACACUGCAUGGAUCUCCCUACAAGUGGUUUGCAGUGGAGGAGGUUCAGAGUGCAACUGUACAGGAAAUUGCCGAAAGAGGAUCGAAGUACCGUGUUGCGUUUACAGUGGUGGAGAUGGUCGGUAAUCAGCCAGCAGGUGCGUGCUCAGCAGAGGUACUGUUCCCACAUGGAGCUAGUCAGGCCCCGCCCGAGGUACAGCUCACUUGUGGGGAGCUGCUGAAGAUUGACACCAGCACUAAGGAGCAAGCCUUCUACCUGAAGCUUAAGAAUAACGGCAGCCUCGUGUCUGCCCAAGACAUCCCAGACAGCUACGGCGACGUCGCCCCUGAGAUGGAGCCCCUCUGGCACCUGGGGCGCGUGGCCUCCAGCUUUGUGAUGUUGAAAGAGUCCAACGAGAACACGCUCUACAGCAUGGCCCAGGUGGCCAGCGUCACACAACAGGUGUCUGAAGGCGAGCAGCUGUUGUUCAGCUACCACGUCCUGCUCCAUGACAGGGUGUCUGAGGAGAUAUUCUGCUGGAAGAUUUUUGUCUCCUGGUGUCCAGCAGAGGGUGUCACGGCGCUACAAAUGGCAGCCCAGACACAAUGACUGUUGUGCUCCUUCAGGUUACACAGUAGUGACUGAUCCACAGCAACGACCACAAAUCUCACUGACACAACAAGCAGCCCAACUCCAACCGCCACCACCGCCUU